AUGGCUACUCCAACAAUGCUCGAUAAUGGUACAAAAUUUGACAUUACUUCGUGGACGAACUGGACCGCAGUUAAUGUUACGCAAUAUGUGCCGUCUGCAAGGGAUUUUGCUUUGGCAGGACCGCGAAUGGUCAUGAAACUCGGUUCCUUUCUUGCAGUUCCGGAAAGUGUUGAUAAUAUAUUGGGUAUAAGGAUGGCAGCACGAAUAAUCCCAGAGGCUACUGGAUCUGGCAUACCUGAUCCCGCAGAAACGAUAACUGCCGCAGCAGUUGCGGGCAUAAGACAGAUUGUAGAGACCAGCUCGGAAACAUUGACGGAAGAGAAUAUCAUGGAAAGCUCAAGAUUCUCUUUGGAGAGUGCGCGAAGUCUCGGGGAUGGUUGCUGCAAUCAAUACAAUGCCAAACAUCCCUAUUUUGGUUACUUACGGUGGGGUAAUUCUUCAAAAUCCCACAACCUCCUGUUCACCCAGGAUGGAGGUCCCCUGCAUACGUUCAGUCAAGCCCUCCUGUUUGGUGCUAAGGAUUCAUCCUCAUGUCUGGCGGUGAGUAUGAUUCCCAGUAAUUACACUGUGGGGAACGAGACCAAUUCUGAGGAGGGAAUUCACACCACAUACGAUCUUUCCGGAUCUUUAUCACUUCUAUGGCCUUUAUUCAAAACAUUUAGCUUCAGUCAAUUUGUCGAAACAGUGUCCUGCGCUGUUCAAGGUCGUCAGGUCGCAGCUGAAACGGGAAUGACGCUCUUCGAACACUCAUUAGCCUUUGCUGAGGCCGAUGCCGCUAUUAGUGCUCAAAUUGUUGGCUUUACCAAGAUCAAGAUUCCAGCGGAAGACAACUCAAAUGCUGGACCCACUCAAUUUGCUGUUACACGCUCCAUGAUCAUGAAGAAAAUAAAUACCACGCCAGAAGUUCUACUUGUAGGGUUUCUCUCAGUUAUGAAUCACUUGAGUAGUCACAUCCUUGCAAUCUUCGAUAUUCAAGGAAGAUUUCGGCUACUUAGUACCGGAUUCUGGGGCAUAUCAUUCAUGUCUGUGAUUGUAUGGAGUCUCGUGUCAUUUUCUUUCGAUCAUCCUUCAAGCCAAGCAUUAUUGAGGUUUCCUACGGUUUGUAUUAUUGGAUUUAUUCCCCAUGUUCUCGUCUGUGCGGUUAUUAUCAUAUGCUCAAUCAUAUACGGCGUUGCAUUGAUCUUGUCUACAUUAGCCCCUGCUAGUGGUGUCGACGAGUCCAACAUUCAAGUUGGACAAAAUAUGCCAGAUACUCCUCGCCCUCGAUUAUCCUUCUCGCAGAGAGUGAUCAAUGCACAUCAUAACAUGCAAGCGAAUGUCCCAUUGUCAAGUAUCCGAAUAACAAUGCACAUGGACUUCUAUACGGCUCUGCUAAGGACAGGAUUUGCUGUUAUGACUAUGGCUAGUGAAGCUGUUUAUCUGAAUGAGAGUCGAGGGGUAAACGUCAAACCUAAUACCUGGCUCGAAGAUGAUCGUCUACGUGAGAUUGAAGAGACUGGAGCACAAUGGCUAGGCCCAAGUUUUAAAGCUCAUGAAUCUGAGCUUGCUAUAGAUGAUCAUAUGCCUCAUAACGUUGGUCUCGUAGCGGCUACUAAUCAGAGGGUACUUCCACAAAAGAAUAACAGUCCCUAUGCGCGCGAGAUGACUGCACAGAAGAAUGCAAAGUCCAAAGGACAAGAGCGAUCAGUCAGAGAUGGUGUUGGUGCUACAGAGCGCAGUGGGCGUUGGGUAAUGGCAUUGGAGUUCUUUCUUGGAAUCAAUAGAUUAAUUCUUAGCUGGUGGGCAACAUGUAUCUUGAUGUUUAUGAGUUGGCUUGGAAUUCAAAGCCGCCCAGGCUGGCUUCUGUGGCUUGUAUCGCGAACAAAGAGAGACCCCGCCAGCACAGCCGUGCAAGCAAAUGACCCAGAUACACUUAACUUCUGGCUUCUGAAUAUCGAUGGAGAAUUGACUCUACCCAAAGAUGACCAUGUGGAUGUAGAAGUAGAAAUGAGAAGGCGACUUAAGACCAGCCAAGAAUAUUGGAGUCGACACAGAGAGACUGAGUUGGACUCCAGUCUCUAUCAAUGGUGGCUGAAUGGCGGCUGGUGGGGAAGUGAUGAUAACAGUGGGACAUUCAGUCCCGAGAAAAAAGACAUCGAAGAUGACAUGACCAGUGUAAUCUCAUAUUCGACAGAAGAUGAACGAGAUUGGGAGUCGGACGAUGCCAUUACAGAUGGUCAAAGAACUCCCACACAACGAUCACCUCAUCCAUCGCGAGAAUCUAGUCCGUUUCUCGACACGCCCCUAUCCACAACAGAUCUAGCUCAACUCCUACACCCUCGAAACCCCGAACAAAGAGCAGAAGCUCAAGCCCUCUCACUCCACCUCUCAAGCGAUAAAAUACUAACCCGUUCCCGCUACCGCGACAUCAUUCAGAGGGAACGAGCACAUGUCCUAACAUCCACUCUUCAACGCCCCCCAAAUUUCAUCCCUUCCGAUCCAUCGGGCAAACUUUCUCCAGACGAAGAAGCCCAAAUCCUCGAGCAUCUCAUCAUCUCCAAACGCAACUAUCAAAAAGCCACCCAAGAACCUGCUUCCUGGAUGCAAGGUGCAUCCGGCAUGGGAGAGAAUGGCCCACAAUGCGUGGUCUGCCAGAGCUCACCCAGAAGUGUGAUCGUGUGGCCUUGUCGUUGCUUAAGCUUAUGCGACGAUUGUCGUGUUACGCUUGCGAUGAAUAAUUUCGAUAAAUGUGUUUGUUGUAGGAGGGAUGUGGUGAGUUUCAGUAGGAUCUUUGUUCCAUAG